AUGGCGCACAACAUACUGAGCAUAUGCCUUUUAUUGUGGGGUUUCCAGCCUUCCUCUACACACGACUGUGUGGACCCACUCAUCUCCAACCUUUAUGCCUCAUCUUUUCUGGCCUCGUCCAGAUACAACUUCCUGUACUCUGCCAACUUUGCCAAACUAUAUGGCAGCAGUGGAUGGUCCCCUUCGGCCCGGGACCGACAGCCCUGGCUUCAGAUAGACCUGAUGCGGAAGUACAGGCUGGUCGCCAUAGCAACACAGGGGACCUUCAACUCGUAUGACUGGGUGACCAAGUACACGCUGCUCUACGGGGACCGGCCCGACUCCUGGACGCCCUACAUCAUGACUGGAGGCAACUCUACGAUGCCGGGGAACUGGAAUUACUAUCAAGUCAAGAGAAACGUCUUCCAUUACGCCUUCACCGCCAAGCACGUCCGUCUGCUUCCUCAGGCCUGGAACACGGAGAACGGAGGCAAAAUUGGCGUCCGGCUGGAGCUCUUUGGCUGCCCCUAUGACUCGUACGUGCUGCAGUACAACGGGGACGACUCGGUGAUCUACAUGUUCCCCGGGAGGAGGUCUCGCACGCUGUCGGAUCACUUCGGUCUGAACUUCAAGACUCUGGAGCAGGACGGGCUGCUGCUGCACAGUGAGGGCGUUCAGGGAGACGUCUUUACUCUGGAGCUGAAGAAAGGCCGGCUCUACCUCCACAUCAGCCUCGGGAGCAGUAUUGUCCACAAUCUGAAUGGGAAGACCACACUGACCGCCGGCAGCCUCCUGGACAACCUGCACUGGCACUACGUCACCAUCAGGAGACUGGGGCGACAGGUCAACCUCACGGUGGACGCUCACUCCGUCACCGGCUACUGCAGCGGAGACUUCACCCACCUGGAUCUGGACAAGCAGUUAUAUGUCGGUGGAGUGAUUGAGCCAAACAUCCCUCAUCUUCCUUCGACUCCAAACUUCCGCGGAUGUCUGGAAAACGUCUUCAUUAACGACGUCAAUAUCAUCGACAAAGCCAAACGAGAGGAGACUGACAUCCGCAUCCCGAGAAAGAAAAAGAUGCACUUCACCUGCCGGGACAUUUUGCUCAAACCCAUGACGUUCGCUGGACCCAACAACUACCUGCAGGUGCCUGGCUUCUUCCGCAGACCCAAGAUGUUUGUGAAGUUUAAGUUCCGCUCGUGGGACUACACCGGGCUGCUCAUGUUCACGCGCUUCGCAGACGACCUCGGCGCUCUGGAGUUGGGCCUCAGCGAAGGACAGAUAAACGUCACCAUAUUCCAGCCGGGGAAGAAGAAAAUACAGUUUGCAGCAGGAUACCGACUAAACGACGGAUAUUGGCACACGGUGGAUUUGGCGGCCAGAGACAACCUCCUCACUCUGACCAUCGAUGAAGAAGAGGCCUCUCCACUGCGCAUCACCAACCCUUUCACAAUUCGAACUGGAGACCGCUACUUCUUUGGAGGUUGUCCUCAAACCAACAACACGAUACGAAAAUGUGAGACCAAGUUGAAUCGUUUCCACGGUUGCAUGCAGCAUAUUUUCAUUGACAAUGAGCAGCUGGACAUCGACAUCGUGCUGCAGAGACAGUGGGGGCGGUACGCUGAGCUCCUGUUGGGAACCUGCGGCAUCACGGACAGAUGCUCUCCGAAUCCCUGUGAGCACGAGGGCAGAUGCAUUCAAUCCUGGGACGACUUUAUCUGCAUUUGUGAAAACACUGGAUACAAAGGAGAGGUCUGCCACAUGUCUGUGUAUAAGGAGUCGUGUGAGGCGUACAGGCUGAGUGGGAAGUAUUGGUCUGGAAACUACACAAUCGAUCCAGAUCUAAGCGGUCCUUUGAAGCCGUUUGAGGUCUACUGCAAAAUGAAGUCCUACAAAGCGUGGACGGUCAUAAUGCACGACCGCGCCGAUGGAACCAAAGUCUCAGGGAGCACCAUCGAGCAGCCGUACAUCGGGAACGUGAAUUAUUGGAACGCCUCCUGGGACGAGGUCUCUGCUUUGGCAAACGCCUCCAUUUACUGUGAGCAAUGGAUCGACUACUCCUGCUACAAGUCCCGGCUUCUCAACACCGCGGGUGGACGGCCCUUCGGAUACUGGAUCGGCCGCAAUAACGAGAGCCACUACUAUUGGGGAGGGACUUUUAGAGAAAUCCAGAAAUGCGGCUGCGCCAUCAACCAAACCUGCGUGGACCCGAGGUUCCAGUGCAACUGCGACGCCGACUACAGACAAUGGUAUUCCGACAAAGGCUACCUGGACUUCCGAGACCACCUGCCUGUGUGGAGGGUGGUGGUGGGGGACACCAACCGAACCGGAUCAGAGGCACAGUUUACCGUCGGACCUCUGCGUUGCCAUGGAGACCGAAAUAUCUGGAACACCGUCUCGUUCACAAAGCCCACCUACAUAACGUUCCCCACCUUCAAACCCGGGUCGAGCGCAGACAUCUCCUUUCACUUCAAAACCUACCGAGCAAACUGUGUGUUCCUGGAGAGCUCCGACGACCACCUCCGCAACUUCAUACGGGUGGAACUCAACACCACUCAUAACCUGCUCUUCAUCUUCAUGGUCGGCGAUGGCAUCCUCAACGUCACGCACCGCUCUCCAGUUCCUCUCGACGACAACGAGUGGCACUUUGUUCAAGCCGAGCUCAACGUGAAAGUGGCUCGCAUCAAAGUGGACUGGCAGCCGUGGACCGUGAGGAGGUUCCCGGGUCAAACCUUUGUCACCAUGAAGUUCACACAGCCUCUGCUCGUCGGUGCAGCCAAUAAAACUCACCGUCCGUUCCUGGGCUGCCUGCGCGGGCUGCGGCUCAAUGGAGUUCCGUACGAUUUAGAAGGAAAAGUCAACGAGGAACAAGGAAUCCGGAGAAACUGCAGCGGUCAGUGCGUCAACGCCACCAUCCCCUGUCGGAACGCCGGGCAGUGCAUCGAGGGCUACGCCUCCUACUGGUGCGACUGCAACAACACGGCCUACGACGGCUUCUACUGUCAUAAAGACAUCGGAGCCUACUUUGAGGUGGGCUCUUGGCUGAAGUACAACAUCCUGAAGAAGCCCAUAACGGACGAGGCGGCGUGGGCCAUCUGGAUCGACCCGCACUACGAUAACUUCAGCCUGGGCUACAACGACACGGCGGACGACAUCGAGUUCAGCUUCAGCACCGUCCACACUCCGGCCGUGCUCCUCUACAUCAGCUCCUUCGUGCAGGACUACAUUGCUGUGAUUCUCAAAAUGGACGGGAGCGUGGACUUACGGUACAAACUGGGUCUGAUCACUCACAAAUAUGAACUGACGCGGAGGAACCUCGCAGACGGAUUCCCUCACUACAUCAACAUCACCCGACACAACAGAACCAUAAAAACACAGGUGGACUUCAUGGAGCCAAUUGUGGAGAAAAUCACUUUAGUGGAAGAUGCCAGAUUUGACUCGCCCAAAUCCAUGUUCCUCGGCCGAGUUAUGGAGGUGGGAGACAUCGACUAUGAGAUCCAGAAGCACAACGCCCCUGGGUUUAUCGGCUGUAUAUCAGGAGUGCGGUACAACGUGUACGCUCCUCUGAAGGCGUAUUUCAGACCGAACGUGACAGAUCCUCCGGUGACCACACAAGGCAUCGUCACCGAGUCCGUGUGCGGAGCCUUCCCCCCUGUGCUGGGAUACGUGCCCUGGGAGGUGGACCCCUGGUUUACCACCAUAGAAUACAUCUACAUCCAUGACGACCUAGGGCUGUUCUGGAUAAUAGUCAUCGCGGCGCUUGCCCUCCUGCUCUUCUUGGCUGGCCUCUAUAGCAUCUACGUGUACGCCUAUCAGCAAAAGGGUAGUUACCACACCAACGAACCCAAAAACCUGGAGUCUCCAAGCAGCUCGAGACCUCUGACUGAAACUCUCCGCCGCGACAUCAAGAGGUCUCUGCCGGAGAUAGAAGAGGAGUUCAGGACGGGCUAG